AGCUAUGUAAAGGCUUUCGAAAAAAGGUGAGUAUCAUUGGAAACAUACGUCUCACAGAGUUGGAAUAUUAAGAGGACAAUAUGAGGUUCUAUGCUGUUGCCUUCGCAUUUCUGUGUCUUUUUGCUUUGCUGAAGGCAGACGAAGUUACUGAGAGUGCUGAGAAGGAUCUUCAAAUCGACAGAGCUAUUGCUGCAGACCCAGAGAAUGCUGGGAACGUUGAACCCGUAUCAGUAGUCCGAAAUGUCUUCAGUCGUGGAAGCCGUUCUAGUGAUGCGGAAAUACCAAACGAAGACGACGGAGCUAAGGACGAUAAUGAAGAUGGGAAUCAGGAUGAAGAGAAUUCGAACGAUGGAGGUACAACGAAGCAGGAUGCGGCUGAUGACAAUGGAGGUGGUAUUGUGUCUGGAAUCGCCAAGCUUCUGGGUGUCGGCAACAACCAGGCGGCGGCGGACGAUGAUGACUGCGUUUUGUGCGUCGACGGCGAUGGAGAAUCUGAGGGUGGAGGGAACGCCGGAGAGGAUGGGUCUGAUAAGGAAGAUGAGGACAGCUUGGGAAUGAAGCUCGUGAAAAGUGCUGUGAACGCUGUAUUUAACAAUGGGGAUGAUGCAGAUGACGAGGAUGAUGGCGAUAACGAGGACGAUGAAGAGCCAAGUGGCUUGGGGAAAGUAGCCAAAGUAGUUAAGAACGUCGUAACAGGGGAUGAUGAUGAUGACUGCAUCCUGGACACUACGAUUGGCAAGAUGGUUACGCAGAGCUUGGGCGCCAGUGCCGUGAUACCAAAACUUAUUAUAUGUAAAAAACUAUUGUGAGACCCGGAGGUUAUUCAUCCGACGGGCGAUCGUUUCACUGCGGAUGGCUCUCAUUACUCCGAAUUAAUUAGUCUUUAAAAUGAAAAAUUAUUCGAAAUUUCAUAAUAAGAGAUAAGAAUAAACCUUUAUUCGCCGAAA